UCAUUUCGACGAUUUUCAAGAUCGCGAACUUCACAAAACGGCUUCCAACCCGUGCGACGCUUAUACCCACCCCCACCCCCAUCAAUUGGGCGCAUCGCCACGAAUACAUAUAUAAAACUUAUCCGGCCCUUAUUUCCUCUAUAUAUCCCGUCAAAGAGACCACCAGCCACGAUGCAGCCCACCCAAGCGCUCCUAAAGCGCUUCCGCAAGCUCCCUCUAACGACCAAAGAUAUCAAGAAGGGCUUCUACAAGGGCACGCGAACAGGCAGCAUGGGUCAGCACACCAAGUUCGGAGGCUACGUUAUCGACUGGAACAAAGUGCGCACGUACGUCGUGCCCACGGGGCUUGAGGCUUUCAAGUUAACCCCGUUCGUCACGAACAGGAUACGCCCGACGAGAGGUCGAUACGAAGGCUACAAGAUGGGCCCUAAGAGCCCGGAGCUGUAUCUGGAGCGGUGGAAGGCGGAGAACGGAUUGGACUGAGGGGUCUAUCGCUUGAAAGGAACAAAAAUCUAAAAUAAAAUAAAAUACAACGGUUACUACUACAGGCUGAUUAUUAAGGGUCUGGACGGUAGAGACGUGCUUACGACAUACGGCUAAGACUGAGCGAACCCCAAAUCGCCAAUUAUGGAUAUAGAUAUGGUGGUGGUUGGACAGGUCCUCGUGCUCUUCGACUUAUACCGUACAAAAACCGUGAUGAUAUUAGGCCGAAGUUACGUGUAAAAUAUGUACCAUAUAAAUCGCAUACACCUUAGGUACAUAUCUAUAAAACAUACAUCGCCAUUA